AUGGCCUCCCAGGGGAAGGGGAGGUCAGGGAAGAGGGAAGAGCGCACCCCCGCCAUGCGCAAUGGGCCAGAUGCGUCGGUGUGGGGCUCCUCCAGCGAUAAAGGCCGGCGCGCCAGAUCCACACACGCGUACACUUUCCCGGCGCUGGCAAGGAGAGCACAAACCAAAGAAAAACGUCUUUCCCAGCGCACGCAAGUGCGGAGAGCCUCGUACCCAGUAGACACAGAUCCGGUGAGGGGACCGACGGAUCCAGCCGCAGGGGUACCGGAGACGGACGCUCGAACGGUGGGAUGCACAAAUCCGGUCAUGGAGGCACCACAUCUGGAGGUGGAGUUACUGGAGCACACGCCGGAACACGCGCUGGAGCAUAGAGAAGAGGGAAGUCGGAGAGAGAGAGCAGGAAAGGAGAGGGAAGGAUGA